GUAUUUUAUUCCAUCUUCAUCUGGAAAUUUUACAAAAUACAACUUCACUCGUAGUCGCGUCGCGUCGCGUCGCAACAGCAAUCAUGUCUGAAAGACGCCAUAAAUACGUUCUGUAUCCACCGCCUGACAAAACACCAGUCCAGGCGUCAAGUAUACCCUCGCCUAUACCACCGAGGGGACUUCGCGGCGCCCAGAGGCGUGGCAAUCCACCUGCAAGUUCGCAGUCUGAGUUGGCAGAGGAGAUUACGAACAAUGUUGUUGACAUCUCGCCCCUAAGAAGUCAACCGCCCCCUAAGUCUCACAUGGAACUAGAGGAGGGUCUAAAGGAGACUACUCAUUUAUCUUCUAUUCAUGAGUCAUUAUCGGCACAGAAGUCAUCAUUUGCAACGUCUUCAAAGACUCUUUCGUCACGAAGUGUGAAGUUUGCCGCCUUGCCUAAUAAAGCAGCUUUUGAUGAGACUAUAGAGAGCUUAGAGGAGGACUCUCCAAAGCCUUCUAAGCUUCCAAGCAUCAAUAGUUCUACUAGCUACACAGAAGCGACAAGGGUGAGAACAGGGGAUAUCAAUCCUCCCAGAGACAAUGGAGAAAGUCUUCAAGAUGGAUCAGUAGAUGAUAUAGAUGUAUCAGGCAAAGGACGUAAAGAACAGAGAACGUCAAGCUCUAGUAAUCCCGAGGUUAAAGACCAUGUUGCUGAAUUUCAAGCUCUUGUCGGCCCUGGAUAUCUCGGUGCCUCAACAUACGUCGCCGACCCUAGGCCCAUUGCAGAUCGUAGACGUUUUGCCAGUGACGGAAGAUUUGAUAAUCAUACAUCUGUCGGCGACCACCAGCACAUCGCCGAUCGCCAGCACAUCGCCGACCCCCAGCAAGUCGCCGACCCCCAGCAAGUCGCCGACCCCCAGCAAGUCGCCGACCCCCAGCAAGUCGCCGGCAACCCGCAUGUCGACGACAGCCUACGUGUCGACGACCAUUUGCACGUCGGCGAUUCUGAUCAUGCUAUUCAAUCCAAGCAUAAAAUUAAAAUGGAUCCAGGUCACGUCCCUCUGCGUCUACCAACAAUACUUCAACUGGAACCACCCUUCCCACCUCCAAACUUUCCACCACCACCACCGCCUCGACACCACCCAAGAGCACAAAAUCUCAAGGGAGCCAAACCACCCCAUCACGAACAGGCUGCGUUGCCUAGAAGCAAGUCUACUACGAACUUGCGUAGACUAUCAGAAGGACUAGCCGGAGGAGGUAUUUUUUCACCCGAAGAAAUGACAACUAGCACGUUGACGGAGGACGUGGUACCUAGAGAACCAUUAACUGCAGCUACGGUGCGAUUCCCUUUCCUUAGAGAUGAUGAUUCGGUAGUCGAGUCUUCGGUCUACUCACUUAGCACACAGUCUGAGGCUGAAUUGUUGGCCGGCCCUGUUACGAAUAACGAAGACGGCCCGAAGUUGCUUACAGUGGCCAACCAGGAGAUGGCAGACCUAGGGCAAGAAGCCUCUAUUUCGGAGCAGUCCGAGACGAUGGAUGCCCAGGGCUCUGAUUACUACAACCGCAGCGAGGAGCACCCGGAGCACCCGCACAUCGAGCAGGGACAAGAGAACGAGACCGAUUUGGUCAGCUCUGCUCCGCAAAUUCAUUCUGAAUCUCCUCUAGCCCAUCGCGAAACAAGCCAGGGCGCACAAACCAUCUCGCGAAUCCAUUUGACUCCCCGAAGCGUAAUGGACGCCACCUCGGAACUCCAGCGACUUGCUGGAAACUAUUCGCCGGACCCGGAUCCGGACCCGAACACUCCCCUGGUCGAACGAUUCCAGCGAACUCUUCAGCGAGUGGUGGAUCCCGAAGAAUCAGAUUCUGAAGAGCUUCCUAAAGCUCCGGUGGCCGAGCCUCAACGACCUCGCCGUGCCCGCCGAGGAACUGACCAGAUUCACCCAUCGUCAAUCAUUGCUGCGAGCACCCCCUCUCGAGCCUUAGGCAGCGAGAAUAUCCGAGCCAUCAUCCGCGAUGAGAUGACCGAUUUCCAAGCCAAUGAUUACACUGGCAGAGUCAGUCGACCUACUGCUUUAGCAGCAUUGCAGCAUAGUCUGUACCAACAACCUCUGCGAACCGAAGCUGGCAUGAGAACUUUCAUCCGCCAUCAGGUUAUAUUGCGCGCGCCAGGAAUCUCUGCGUUCUAGAGCAGUGCCGAGCUUCACGCGCACAAUACUACGGCCGAAGACCGAAUCUUUGAAGAGCUUUCGCAAGCUAUCGAGCGCGAAGAGCAGGUUGGUCAGCCUGCAGGCCCGCAGGAUGAUCCCUUCUACUACAACCCCCACCAUGGCCUCUUUCACGAUGCACCGAGCCAUCCUAACGUCGCGGCCCAUGAGCACGCGCACCAUACCCU